UUUUGGUGUCUCAACUUUUUAAAAUAUGACAUUUUGGUGUCUAAACUAAAAUUUAUCACAAAGAGGUAAGCUAACUUGUUUAAAAAUUACUAGUUAGUGUAUUGUGCCGGUUUCUGACAGAAUAGGUGACCUGGAGCACGACGUGGCUUUUAGUUGCAGAGAAAAAUAGAUGACAUGGAAUUGUAAUUUUUAUUUUUCGUUUUAUGGAGACAUGUGACAAACACAUGACCUUGUAAAUGACCUCUUAUACCCCUAAACUAUUGAAACGGGACUGCGUUCUGAUUGAGUAAAAAAUUGAAGUGAAAAUUAGGUUAAAAUUACUGUCUGAAUUGAACCAAAAAAUUGAAGAAGAACGAAGAUUGAACAGGAACUAAACCGCGUUUUCUGGGUUCUUAGAAGAAUUGUUGUGCGCGUUUUGGGAACAAUUUCUUGUUCUUGUAUGAGUUGUCUCCUAUAAUGACGAGUGGUAGGGGUGUUGUUGAUCUUAACUUUGGGGGUCAUUUUGUUGGGGACUUGAAGGGUAGUGAAAAGGGUUAUGUUGGGGGAAAAUUGUGGCAUGUGGAUGUAGAUUUUGGAAUAUUCUCUCUUGAGUGGUUGACUGAUGUUGCACAGACAGUGUUAGAGGAAAAAAAAAUGAACAAGAUGCACUUUAGGUAUCCUGGCAGAUCUUUGGCACAUGGGUUGAGGCUGGUGAGUUCAUGGUCAUUUGUUGACAUGGAAAGCUUAUUAUUUAAGCAUAAAGGUAUAGAGGUUUACAUUGAGCAUCACGAGGAAGGGGGACCAGAGGGUGGGGGACCAGAGGGUAGUAUAGGUAAUGUACCUAAUGAUGAGGGCAUAAAUGACAUUUACAAAGAGGGAAGCCAAGCAGAAGAGAUAAGGCUUGUAGAUGUGGAGGUUGGACCUAUUAAUGAGGGUAUUAAUACUGAGAAUGAACACCAUGAAGUUGGCUCAACUAUUAGAUUAGAGGAGAAUGAAGAGGUAGUAGGAGAUGGUGAAGCAAUUGGAGAUGAUGAGAAUGUUGAAAAUGUGGAAUAUGAUGAGCCUUCUGACGAGGAGAUUGUGGACUGUGCUUUUAUGUCCAGUGGUGAUGAAGAGUUAGUAGAUUCUAGAGCAAAGCUAAGGGAGUUCAAGAACAAGAAGAAGGAGAUUUAUGAUAAAAUUAAAGCAAAUAACACCAAUUCAGAGGGGGAACCAUCAGUUCAAGCAGCAGCUGAGGAUCAAGUAGCAGACCAGGAAACUGGAAAUGAAACUGACUACUGGGAUUCAGAUUCAGAAGAAGAAUGUUAUAGUCCAGUGACCACAGAUGAGGAAGAUGGUGAUCAUGCACAGAGAAGAAGAUCUGCAUAUCCUGUGUUCAAGAGCAAUGCAGCUAAGUUAUCAUUCUCAUUGGGUAUGAAACUGACUGGACCAGCACAGUUUAAGGAGGCCCUUACUAAAUUUUCAAUCCAAGAGAGAAGAGAAUUGAAGCUUGUCAGAAACACUAGAACAGAAGUUAGAGCUAGAUGUGCUAGAGCUUCUUGUCCUUGGAACAUAUAUGCAUCAGAAGAAACAGAAACCAAAGCUUUCUUAGUGAAAACUUACAAUCCAAACCAUACCUGUUUGGUGACAUUCAAGAAUAGGAGAGUUGGAACCAAGUGGUUGGCUAAGAAUUACCUGAAUAAGUACAAGUGUAUAGGUCACAUGAGGUUAGUUGACUUAAAAUCCCUUAUCAAGACAGAUCUUAAGCUAGACAUGAGUUUGACCAAGGUUUCAAGGGCUGUUUCUCAAGCUCAGAUAUUACAGGAAGGUGAGAUUAAGGCAGAAUUUGCUGUGCUAUGGGACUAUCUUGGGGAGAUUAUUAGGUCUAAUCCUGGAAGCACAGCAUUAAUGAAGGUUGAAAGACCUUUGCCAGAGUCUCCACCAGUUUUCAAGAGGCUGUUUAUUUCUUUUGAUUGCUUGAAGAAAGGAAUGCUGCAUGGGUGUAGAAGGGUGAUUGGGCUGGAUGGUUGCUUUUUGAAAGGCCUUGUCAAAGGAGAAAUUUUAGCUGCUGUUGGGAGGGAUGGAAACAAUCAAAUGUUUCCUGUGGCAUGGGCUUUAGUAGACACAGAAAGGAGGGAGACAUGGGAUUGGUUUAUCAGAUUGCUUGCUGAUGGUCUUGAAUUGGGUACUGGAGCAGGAUGGUGCAUUAUCACAGACCAACAAAAGGGACUGCUGGACUCAGUUGCUGAUUUGCUGCCUAGAGCUGAGCAUAGGUGUUGUGCCAGACACUUAUAUGCCAACUGGAAGAAGAAAAAUGGAAGAAGAGAAGAUCUGCAGAAGUUGUGGUGGAGGUGUGCAAAAUCCUCUAAUAUGCCAGAUUUUGACAAAAACAUGGAGGCAAUGAGAGCUCUUACACAGAAGGGGUUUGAUGACAUGCUAGUGACACAUCCAAGGCAUUGGUGCAGAGCAUACUUUACAACUGAGGUAAAGUGUGACAUUGUAGACAAUAACUUGAUAGAAGCAUUUAAUGGGAAAAUCAUAGAAGCUAGGACAAAAAAUGUUAUUUCUAUGUUAGAGGACAUAAGGUCUUUGGUUAUGAAUAGGCUGCAUACUAAUAGAGACUUGGCAUCUAAUUGGAUAGGAAACUUUGGGAAUAGAAUUAGGAAGAAGCUACAUGACAGCAAAGUUCAGAGUGAGGCAUGUGAGGUAUUGUGGAAUGGAGAGGAUGGGUUUGAAAUAGGCCACCUAGGAGACACAUAUAUUGUUAAUUUGAAAACUAGGACAUGUGCUUGUAGGCAGUUUGACUUGACAGGGAUACCUUGCCCUCAUGCAGUAUGUGCCAUAGAGUACUUGGACAAACCCAACAUCACACCUUACAACUACAUUGAUCAGUGGUUUACAAAGGAAACUUAUUUGAAGGCUUAUAUGUAUAUGAUGCAACCCAUGAAUGGUAGGAAGUUUUGGAACAAGAGUCCUUAUGACCCACCUCAGCCCCCUCCAUAUAAAAAAAUGCCUGGUAGACCUGCCAAAAAUAGAAGAAAAGAAGAGGGUGAGAGAUCCAGUGGGUUUAAAUUGUCUAGAAAGGGUAGGGUGAUGACAUGCCAAGUCUGUUUUGGGAAGGGUCAUAACAGGAAAAAAUGCCCUCAAAGACAAGAUACAGGGGCUCAAGUAUCUGGUACAGGGGCUCAAGAAGCUGGUACAGGGGCUCAAGAAGCUGGUACAUGGGCUCAAGAAUCUGGUACAGGGGCAGUAGACUGUAAUACAGGGGCUCAAACACAAGGAACUGGUGCAUCAGAACCUACCUUACCCUCUAGGGUUGACAAGUUACCUUUUGUGAGAGCAGGAAAUAGGCCACACCCUGAUGAAGCAUCACAGACCAAUCCAACCAUCACUCCUAGAGAUUUUGGCAAACAUGUGAAAACAUUUCAGAGGAAGACUCCAACUUAUAUUCCAGGAAUACAUACACAGCCUGCCAGGGGAUAUGGGGUAUACAAUGACUUUCACACAAACACUUAUGUGCAAAAUCCAAAAACAACCAGUCAAAGGGUAACUUAUAAGGAAGGAGUGAAAAGGGUUGGAGGUGAACCUGAGCCUCUUUUCAUGACUAACAGAAAUCUGGCAUUUAAGAAAUGGGGUAAACAAGCUGCAACUACAAGUGAAGCAUCACAGAAAAGUACACAAACUAAAAGACAUGCUUCUGCAGCAACAAGAGUCAACAAGAAGUCAAAAAAAAGUGCUUCAAACCCAACUGUGACUGCUGAAGAGUGUACCAGGUCUAAACCACCUCCAGAUACUUUGCCAGAAGACUCCAUUGCUUGAUUAUGUAUUGAACCAUUUUAUCUAGCUUAGGUUGUUGCUAAGUUUUUUGCUUACCUUGGGUAUAUGUCCAGGUAUUUUGAUUUUGUUGUGACUGCUUACAAACAGCAAAUGUCAUUCUUCUUUUGUAUUAAACUUCACUACUUAUUAUUUCA